UAAGGAGGUAGAAGAAGAAUAGGCAGCAAACACCCGGAAGUCAGUCUGAAGGUCUUGUGUUUUGCGUUUAGGUAAUACGGCUGUGGAUAAGAACUUGACGUGAAAAUGGGCGUUAAAAUAGAGAUGUUCAGAAUGAUGCUCUAUUUAUCUUUUCCCGUGACCAUGUUUUGGAUCUCAAACCAGGCGGAGUACUUUGAGGAGUAUAUCGUUAAGAGAAAGAGGGAAAUCUUCCCACCGGACGAAGAAUCACGGAGAAAGGAGUUGGAAGACUUUAAAGAGCGGAUGCGCGUUCGAAGGGAGCAACAGAUAUUAAAAAAAAUGUCUGAAAACUGAAGAUUUUGUGUUCAGGAAAUUUUUUUUCGAAUGUUCAGUGUAAAAACAAAUUUCUGGCAAUAUUUGCUUGAGGAAAAGAGAUUGCUUUUAUCUGGCAUGAGACAACAGAACGACCUGCAAGACUAAUGCAAUCUGAAGGUGUGCAUGGCAGUUGUCAAGGAUUUGCCUGAUGUUAAAUUUAUUAAUGACAUAUUUUAUACAAGAUUUCUUUAUGUUUUAAUUGUUCUUUUUUCUUUGGGUACAUACUAUGUUAUACAUAGUUUUCUGGAGCUGCUUUUUUUAUGUGUGAUGCAGAUUAAACAAAUACUCUUAAUGUAUUU